AUGAGGCACUGCAUUAAUUGCUGCUUACAGUUGUCACCUGACGACACACACGAACAGCGGGUUGGCUGCCGAGGAGGCCCCCAUCACAGUCGCCACGAGUGCCCUGUGUGCAAAGGAGAAAACAAAAUUGUAUUUCGCGUGGACGGUAAGCAGAUGAACUUGCUUGCUGUUCUCGAAGUGAGGGCUGACGGGAAUGAGAGCUGGGGCGGGUUUUUUCGCUUCAAGAAGGGGAAGCGAUGUAGCCUCGUUUUUGGAUUGAUAAUAAUGACUUUGGUGAUGGCGUCUUACAUCCUUUCUGGGGCCCACCAAGAGCUUCUGACCUCAUCGCCUUUCCACUACGGUGCCUUCCCCAGCAAUCCUAGCUUGAUGGACAGUGAAAAUCCGAGUGACACGAAAGAGCAACAUCACCAACCCUCUGUAAAUAAUAUUUCAUACAUGAAGGACUAUCCAAGCAUUAAAUUAAUUAUCAACAGCAUCACGGCCAGGAUAGAGUUCACAACCAGACAACUCCCAGCCAUAGAAGAUCUCAAGAAGCAGGAACUGCACAUGUUCUCAGUAAUCCCCAGUAAAUUCCUUCCGAAUAGUAAGAGCCCCUGUUGGUAUGAGGAGUUCACGGGGAGGAACACCACCGACCCCUACCUCACCAACUCCUACGUGCUCUACUCCAAGCGCUUCCGCUCCACCUUCGACGCCCUGCGCAAGGCCUUCUGGGGCCACCUGUCGCACGCGCACGGGAAGCACUUCCGCCUGCGCUGCCUGCCGCGCUUCUACAUCAUCGGGCAGCCCAAGUGCGGCACCACUGACCUCUACGACCGCCUGCGGCUGCACCCCGAGGUCAAGUUCUCCGCCAUCAAGGAGCCGCACUGGUGGACGCGGAAGCGGUUUGGCAUCGUCCGCCUGAGAGAUGGGCUGAGGGACCGCUACCCCGUGGAAGAUUAUCUGGACCUCUUUGACCUGGCCGCCCACCAGAUUCAUCAAGGCCUGCAGGCCAGCUCUGCAAAGGAGCAGAGCAAGAUGAAUCGAAUCAUUAUCGGGGAGGCCAGCGCCUCCACCAUGUGGGAUAACAAUGCCUGGAUGUUCUUCUACGACAACAGUACGGAUGGUGAGCCGCCCUUUCUGACCCAGGACUUCAUCCACGCCUUUCAGCCAGACGCAAAACUGAUUGUCAUGCUCAGGGACCCCGUGGAGAGGUUGUAUUCAGACUAUCUCUACUUUGCAAGUUCGAAUAAAUCUGCAGAUGACUUCCAUGAAAAAGUGACAGAAGCUCUGCAGCUGUUUGAAAAUUGCAUGCUCGAUUAUUCGUUGCGUGCCUGUGUCUACAACAACACCCUCAAUAAUGCCAUGCCUGUGAGGCUCCAGGUUGGGCUGUACGCUGUGUAUCUUCUGGACUGGCUCACUGUUUUUAAUAAAGAACAGUUCCUCAUUCUCCGCCUGGAAGACCACGCAUCCAACGUCAAGUACACCAUGCACAGGGUCUUCCAGUUUCUCAAUCUCGGGCCCUUAAGUGAGAAGCAAGAGGCUUUGAUGACAAAGAGCCCUGCGUCCAACGCGCGGCGCCCUGAGGACCGGAACCUGGGGCCCAUGUGGCCAGUCACACAGAGGAUCCUGCAGGACUUCUACGGGCCUUUCAACACCAGGCUGGUGCAGGUUCUUGCUGAUGAGGCGUUCGCCUGGAGGAAGACCUGAGGGCUGCCGCCAGGCCGCGGUUCCAGGCGUACUGUGAUUUCAGAGGCUGCUUUCUGUGGCGAAGCGUCGUGCUCAGAGCAUGGAGAAAACCGGGAUUCGAGUCUUCUUUCCCUCCCUAGGCACAUGUUUAUUAGAACCAACUCAGAAUUCCCUUUGUGAUGGUCAGUAGCCCAGCAGUGGACCCUUCUCAGUCUCUCUGGCAGAGGCCCCUGGGGACUCCAGUGACAGAGUCCCCUUCUGCUCCAGGAGGCCUGGCGGAGGCCGGCGGGUGUGACUGCUUGCUGAGAGGGAGCAUCGAGUCAGGGUGACAGUCCUGGGAUCCGACUGAGCACACUAGAAGUCACCCCAGAACUUACCCUUCAUGUCCAGUGUUGAAACACUCUGUUCAGAUCAUUCACCUCGUUUGGGCGGAGAAUGGAGGCUCUUUCGGUUUUUUUCCUUUUACUGCAAAGUCAGCCCUUGGCUCUCUUCAGAUACAAACUCCGUAACUUCACUCCUUAACGAGAGGAAAACACAAGUCCGUUUUUGGCAGCACGUUCAUCUCUCAGACCUCCCAUCCUAUCUUUGUGGACUUAUGUUUAACAUAGAGAAUGACGCCGUUUAAAACAAACCGCUUUCUGUGUUUCACUAACCCAAGCUCUCUUUUCUGCCUCCUUAGAUAUUUCCUCAAGAGUUUAUUCAGCUGAUAAUUGGACCAAAUUCAGUUUAGAAUGGGGGAGAAAUUUUUGCUGUUAAUGCCAGACUGAGCAACUUCAAGGAAUUGAACACUUCAUGGAAAGUCUAGGUACCUCGGGCCCUCCUCAUGCACACAAGGUCAUCAGAACUGGAGGGGGUUCAAAGUUCUAGUUCUGGCCACUGACAGGCUCCAUUUUUCUGCCUUCCCCCUGGAAUCACCCACGUUCUCUGCCGUGUGUGGCCAGAGGCCCUUACCCCGUUCACAGACUGUAAGAUGCUGGUGUCCUGAUUCAGAAACACAAUGCAUAAGCCCUCCUGGGGCCGAACAUGGUAUGCUGGGUUUCUUAAAGGAACUUUCUGGGACACCUGGCAGCUUGAUUCCCUGAUGGGUGGGCUGAAGGUCUUGUUAUUUCUUGGAGGUGCUGGGGAAAGAGUGCAGAGGACACUGGAGCCCGGUCAGCACCCAGCCCCAGGUGCGGCCCCGCUGCAGCUGUGCACGCGAGUGUGGGCAAGGAAAGCGUCCUGUGAACCAGAACCAAAGUCAGAAAGUGCAGAUGACAACAUAGCUGACCAUCCGUCGCGGGCGUGAGGAUUUACCCGGCGGUCCAGCCCCAGCGCCGUCGUCUCUGCCGGCAGAACUGGGGGGCACCGCCCAUUCAAAGGCCUGCAGAGGGCCCUCAGUACUGGCACGGCCAGACGAUUUCUGCUACUGAAAGAGCGAUGUGUCCUGAGCAGCCACUUUCAAAAGGGACAGUCCCCUGCCUUCCCCUCACAGCCGGCACUCGGAGCAGCAGCCAGCAGGGGCGUCUGGCCUGCGCCCAGGGGUGCUGUCGGGAGAUGUCACUUCAGUGCGCGUGUGUAUUUAUUUGCAGUGCAGGGUGUGUGUGUGCGUGUGGGUGCAUUUUCGGAGUGAGUUCCCUUCAGUUCUGUUGCUCAUGCAGCUCCCCCUCCCCUGUGGACACAGCCCUUCCAUGGAUUCGUUUCUCUGCCAAUUGGCUUGUCAUUUUCAGUCCAUAUUUUGCCAUUCCACCCCAACCGUAAUUACAAGGGAUUUUUCUUACGCACUCCUGUGCAUGUGAAUAACAUGUAGUGUAAUUCUGCUUCUUACAGAAGUAUUCUGAAGGUAUUGUUUCCAAUAUUACUUGGUUUAUUAUACAAGCCUUUUUGUAUACACAGGCCCACCCUUCUGUGCCAAUCCGUGCCAUCUGGACACAGUUUCUCUCAAGGGGCCUUUCUCCAAAGGGCCUCUCCGCUGGCUUGGCUUUCUCUCGUUCAAGGCCGGGUCCUGUUGACAGCACAGGUGCCGUUUCGAGCGGUGGUCCUAGAGCCUGUCGUGCAAAACCAAAGCAAAGUGGAGCCUUUCUCGACCUGGUAUUGAAGUGACUUUGUGCUCCCCAAAGCUAUGUAUCCGAUCGUAUUAAAUCCUACUCCCUUAGUCAUGCAGGUAUGUUAAGUGAACCGCA